AAGAAGUUUUUCAAGUUUAUGUGACUGAAGAUAAUGGUUUCUGUUGAUGGGAACAAAAGGGUUUCGUCGGCCGUGAGCGGUUUGCCGCUUCUGAUUUGGACGGAGAGUCGCGGUCUGUGAGUGAAUGACCAUCUUGUUAGUGUUUUAGUGUUGCAUAGGGCUGAUAGGAAGGAGGGGGGCCAUUGUAGGAGGUGCCAGCCCCUUUCUCGGCUGUGUGAGUGGUAUGGUUAUUAUGAUUAUUCGUAGGUCGAUAGAAUAUCCGGAUCUGCUGGUCACACCUUAGAUUCAUUUUGACAGGUCUCGUGGAUCCGUUAGAGGUCUUACCUAUGCGUCGUGACUGAUUUAAUAGCUUCUGCCUUAAGGAACCGGAUUCUCUGCAGGCUCCGAUAAGCGGAAGCAUAAAGCUGAAACGACUUAGGGGGUCGAUGUAGAUCAUCAUCAUCAUACAUUACUUGCAGAUGUCGAUGGUUAUAUUUUUUCUGAUGGACAAGUUUGGUGCUUUACAGUGGCUCGGUGGAGUUCCGACUUGUGUUUAGGCAUUUGAGCCGGUGAUGACUUGUUGUUGGUAUUUAUUUUCGCGAAGGAACACAGCUUCCCCACCCGAAGAUAGAAUCGAAAUCGAUGAAGAGGUUUCAGGCAUUCAGAACACUAAGCUGUUUCCUUACAAGGAGCUGAAAAUGGUGACUGGAAAUUUUCAUCAUUCCAAUAAAAUCGGAGAGGGAGGUUUCGGUAUCGUCUACAAGGGAACUUUCGAAGACGGUACCAUGGCUGCUAUAAAGGUUCUGUCCGCUGACUCGAGGCAAGGGGUGCGAGAGUUCUUGACCGAAAUAGAUGUUAUUGCCGAUAUAGAGCACGAAAAUCUGGUUAAGCUGCAGGGUUGCUGCGUUGAAGGAAAUCACAGAAUCUUGGUCUAUGGCUAUCUUGAGAAUAACAGCCUCGCACAAACUCUUCUCGGCGGAGGCCAUAGCAGUAUGGUGUUCAGCUGGUGUACGAGACGUAAAAUCUGCAUCGGUAUUGCGAAGGGGCUUGCUUUUCUUCACGAGGAAGUUCGGCCUUAUAUUGUUCAUAGAGACAUCAAAGCCAGCAAUAUCCUCCUAGACAGGAACCUCAUGCCAAAAAUUUCGGAUUUCGGCCUAGCGAAGCUCUUCCCCGACAACGCGACUCAUGUUAGCACACGUGUUGCCGGAACUACAGGUUACCUAGCACCCGAGUAUGCCGUACGAGGUCAGCUGACGAGGAAAGCCGAUAUUUACAGUUUCGGUGUUUUGCUAAUGGAGAUUGUGAGCGGUAGAUGCAACACGAACAGGAGAUUGCCUCUGACGGAUCAAUAUCUACUUGAAAGGGCCUGGGGCCUGUAUGAACAAGGACGACUUGUGGAAUUAGUCGAUACGUCGUUGAGCGGAGACUAUGACGCUGAAGAAGCUCGGAAGUUCCUAAAGAUCGGCUUACUUUGCACGCAAGACGUGCCGAAGCAAAGACCAUUAAUGUCUGAAGUGGUGAAGAUGCUAACCGGUGAGGAACCGGUGGAUGACCGGAAUAUAUCAAGACCUGGCCUGCUUUCGGAGUUCAUGAAUCCAAGAGCUCACAAAGAGAAGUCCGACGUGAUUACGGAAAGCACAGGCAAAGAAGGAAAUGCAUCAUCGUCAUCGGAAAAUCUUACCAUGUCAUAUGCUACGAUGACAUUCAACUCGAUAUACGACCGAAGCGGUUAGGUUGGUGUGAUUAACUUUUUGGAAUUCUAUAGCUAUUGGCUAGUGCUCUGAAUUUUGUUCGCUGGCUUCGGAAAUCGCCUACCGAACUAUACAAUGCUCAUCCAUGAAUCAAAUAUAGAUGCCAUAUAUUGGUGGACUGAGUUCGAACCUACGACGAGUCAGUUAACAGUCGAGCGUUCUACUGUUGAGUUAUUGAAGAAUUACGAGAGAUUAGAUUUCAUAGAGUUCAAUUCCCGUUUUUAAUCCAUGACCAAUGUGAACUCGAAAUUUCCUUCCCAGCACCCGAAAAUUCUUCGUAAUAGCUCCGUUCCAUGCCGCAUUUCAUAAAAACCUUAAAAUGGCUAUAUCUUAUUACAUAUUCCAUCUAGAUCUCAAUCUCAUUUUCAUAUUAUCAUUCACAUGAUGCAAGAGAUGU